CUGUAAUCGACCUCAAAACUCACCUCGAUAGUCAUUACAAUGUCAAGUCGCAUGCCUGUGACCUUUGUCCGAAGAUGUUUACUAGUCGUCAUCAGCUGCGUUCUCACCGCAACACUCAUACUGGCGCGAUAAAAUAUGCUUGCUCGUACUGCGACGCUGUGUUCGACGUGUGGCAGAGCAAAAAAAUAUCACGAGAAAAAGCACGUUGUGGAGAUGAACAACAUCUCUUACAACUGUGACCAGUGCAAUGCUACGUUUAAAGUGGAAAGGAAUCUCCAACAUCACAUCAAAUUCAAGCAUCUUCAAAUGCGUAAGCUUCAGUGCUCCCAGUGCGACUUUGCCACAAUCAACAAAACACGACUGGUGAACCACGUGCGCAGCAUUCACAGCAAGGAGCGUCCGUUCCAGUGUCCGUACUGUAGUUUUAACUCAAACAGCAACACCGGCUAUUUCAUUCACUUUAAGCGACACAAAAACAGUGGUGAAGCGAAGGAGUAUCACAUCCGGUGCGGGUACUGCGAAGAAACGUUCUUGAAGGACUCCGUUUUUGAAAAACAUAUUCUUCAGGAUCACCCCGAUCGGGCGAUUAAGGUGUAAGGGGUUGGGAUUUUAUAUAUUUAUUGUUUUGCUGUUGGAAUAAAUGUCAGAAAAUGUCUAAUUCAAGUUGAAA